AUGGCUGCAUCAAUACCCAUGAGGCUCUCGGGCGGAAGUAAUCCAGCAACAACGAACCUCAUCUCGGUGCUGCGCGUCAAUCUCCCGCGAACGGCGAAAGCGGGCAUCGCCAGCUCUUCAUCAGCUCGACAGCUACACACGCAACCACUACAUCGAAGAGCCUUUUCCCAACCAUCUAGAGCAUCAACUGCAAGCAAUAUCAGGACAUUCGCAAGCGGUCUUACUGCUCGAGCAGCGGAGAAGCAUCCUCAGCCCUCACGGCCUACGCUCGCCGACCUGCCGGACAAAGUCGACGUCUCCGUUGGCCCCGCUGGGCGACUCUCCAAAGUGAUCCCUGCUCGACGUGGUGGAAAGAUCACUACCCGCGUAGGUAGCAGCUAUGCAGGCACGCACACUUUCGACUGGAUCUCGCCCCCCUCGAACGUGCUCAUCGUGAAGAAAGCGCGCGACCAUCGCGCAACGAAAGCUAUGUCUCGCAUCAUCAGCCACAUGCGCUCCACUUAUCCGUCACUCAACAUCAUCCUCGAGCGCACGGUCAUCGAUUCGAAUGAUGGCAACCUCGCCAGCACCCACCCGGAUCUCGUCUCGGCCGACCUGGCUGACAAGACGCUAUUGGCGCAGAAGACGGAUUUCGUCAUCACGCUGGGCGGUGAUGGGUCGAUACUGCACGUGUCGAGCCUGUUCGACCGGGAUGCUGUGCCCCCUGUGCUCAGCUUUUCCAUGGGCACACUGGGAUUCCUGCUACCGUACGAUAUCAGCGGGUAUCAGGAGGCGAUCAAGGACAUGGUGAACGGCGACAUCAGCUUGCUGUUGAGGAUGCGGUUGAGGCAGACGAGUCAUCGCAAGGAUGGCGAGGCGUUUUGCCAGAUCCAGGAUCAGAGGCAAGGCGGUGGCUGCUACGAUGUGCAUCUCAUGAACGAGGUGACGCUACACCGGGGGAGGGAGCCUCACAUGACCAAGAUCGACGCUUAUGUCGAUGGGCAGCAUCUCACUCAGGCUAUUUCGGAUGGGUUGAUCAUCGCCACACCGACCGGGUCCACAGCCUACUCGCUCUCAGCAGGCGGGCCGAUCGUCCACCCGUCGGUGCAGAGCUUGGUGCUGACACCCAUCUGUCCACGAUCGCUCAGCUUCCGCACCGUUUUGCUUCCCAGCGACUCGGUCAUUCAGCUCAAAAUCUCGGACGACUCGCGCUCGCCCGCAGAACUCACUGUCGACGGCCGAGUGUCAAAACUACUUCAACCGGGAGAAUACCUGCAAGUGUCGAUGAGCCCCUUCCCCAUCCCCUGCGUCAGUCGCAAGUGGUCCGAUAGGCAGCCCCCUCCUCCGUCGCUAUCGGCAGAGGCUCAGGCAGCACACGUGGUGGGGCCGGGCGAGAAGUACUCGGAUCGCGGCGAGGACGACUGGGUGCGUGAUAUCAAUACCCUGCUCAAGUUUAACGCCAGUUUCGGCGGGAGAGGCACGCUGAGUGGUAAUGGGGGAUUUGAGGAGGAGGAGCACUAA